GUCAAGAGUAGCGCUGGAGAGGAGCCGAGUCCUUGCGUUUGCUUUAGGCGGCGGUGGCAGAAGAGGAAUAAGCAUUAGAAGAGGAUUCGCUGCUUCUCCUCCUCCUCCUCUGCAUCAGCAUCUUAUUCUAAAAAAUUCUUCUUCUUGUUCAGUUUCCCCAUCACUACUACUCUCGGCCAUGGCUUCCCAGCAGCCGACGACAGCAUCGGAUUGGCCGGCCAGCAGGGUCAGAGAGACUUUCUUUAACUUCUUCGAGGGCAAAAAUCAUGUCAACUGGAAAUCCAGCGCCGUCGUUCCUCUCAAUGACCCGACCCUUCUUUUCGCGAAUGCUGGUAUGAAUCAAUUCAAGCCUAUCUUUCUGGGCACGGUAGACCCAAACACUCCCUUGAGCAAACUCACCCGUGCAUGCAACACGCAGAAGUGCAUUCGGGCUGGUGGUAAACACAAUGAUCUUGACGACGUUGGCAAGGACACCUACCACCAUACUUUCUUUGAAAUGCUUGGCAAUUGGUCAUUCGGGGACUAUUUUAAAACCGAAGCUAUUGAAUGGGCUUGGGAGCUACUCACCAAGAUCUAUGGGCUACCUGCUGACCAAAUAUAUGCAACUUAUUUUGGUGGUGAUGAUAAAUCUGGUCUUCCGGCUGAUUUUGAAGCAAGGGAUCUCUGGCUCAAGUUUCUUCCAAACAAACGAGUUCUGCCUUUUGGUUCUAAAGACAAUUUUUGGGAGAUGGGUGAUACUGGGCCUUGUGGACCUUGCGCAGAGAUACACUUUGAUAGGAUUGGUAAUCGCGAUGCUGCUUCACUUGUCAACAACGAUGAUCCAACCCUUAUUGAGAUAUGGAACCUUGUCUUUAUUCAGUUUAACAGGGAAAGUGAUGGCUCUUUGAAACCUUUACCUGCAAAACAUGUUGAUACUGGAUUGGGUUUUGAACGAUUAACGUCCGUCCUCCAGAACAAGAUGAGCAAUUAUGAUACUGACGUGUUCUUACCAAUCUUUGAGGCCAUUCAACAGGCGACUGGUGCUAGAGCAUACUCCGGGAAAAUUGGAGCUGAUGAUGCUGACAAUGUUGACAUGGCAUACAGGGUUGUGGCUGACCAUAUCAGAACUCUAUCAUUUGCCAUUGCUGAUGGUGCUUGUCCAGGUAAUGAGGGUCGUGAGUAUGUACUGAGACGGAUUCUUCGACGAGCAGUUCGUUAUGGUACUGAAGUACUCAAAGCCAAACAAGGUUUUUUCAGUGGUUUGGUAAAGGUUGUUGUCGAAGUGAUGGGUGAUGUUUUUCCAGAGCUGCAGCAGCAUGAAGUGCACAUUAGCAAUACGAUUGCAAUUGAAGAAGCCAGUUUUGGCAGGACCCUUGUUCACGGACUUGAAAAGUUUAAGAAGGCUGCUCAAGAUGUUCAAGGAAAUACCUUGAGUGGACAGGAUGCAUUUGUGUUAUGGGACACUUAUGGCUUUCCAUUAGAUCUUACUCAGUUGAUGGCUGAAGAAAGAGGCUUGGCAGUUGACAUCAAUGGUUUUAACAUAGCCAUGAAUGAAGCAAGGGAAAGAUCAAGAAAUGCUCAGAAUAAGCAAGCUGGUAUUGGUAUCAUAAUGGAUGCUGAUGCUACCACAGCUUUGCACAAGAAAGGGGUUGUUGCAACAAAUGACACAUUCAAGUAUACAUGGUUUCAGGACCAUGAAAGUGAGAUAAAAGCUAUUUAUGGAGAGAAUGAGUUCUUUGAAAGUGCUUCUGGUGAUGUUAGAGUUGGUAUCAUUCUUGAAUCUACAAGCUUUUAUGCAGAGCAAGGUGGUCAGAUAUAUGAUACUGGAUUUCUUGAAGGCCCUUCAGGGUUGUUCAAAGUUAGUGAUGUGCAAGUCUUUGGAGGAUUUGUUGUUCAUGUUGGUUCUUUCUGUGGAGAGACUGAUAGAUUCAGCAUUGGUGAUAGAGUUGUUUGUAAGGUUGAUUAUGACAGGCGUUCCCUUCUUGCUCCCAACCACACAUGUACACACAUGCUAAAUUUUGCUCUGAGGGAAGUACUUGGAAACCAUGUCGAUCAGAAAGGUUCUAUUGUUCUUCCUGAAAAACUAAGAUUCGACUUUUCUCAUGGUAAGCCUGUAAAGCCUGAGGAACUUAGAAAAAUUGAAACCAUUGUGAAUGAACAAAUUAAAGCAGAAAUGGAUGUAUUCUCAAAGGAGGCAAAAUUAGAUGAUGCAAAGCGCAUCAAUGGUUUACGAGCAGUUUUUGGAGAAGUUUACCCUGACCCAGUCAGAAUAGUUGCCAUUGGACAAAGUGUGGAAGAUCUGCUGGCAGAUCCAGAGAAUCAAAAUUGGUUAUCAAUAUCCGCGGAGCUCUGUGGAGGGACCCAUAUUUCAAACACUCGAGAGGCCAAAGCUUUUGCUCUUUUGUCUGAAGAAGGAAUUGCCAAGGGAAUUCGUAGAAUAACUGCUGUCACCACAGUUUCUGCAUUGAAUGCUAUGGAAUUGGCUUCUUUAAUUGAGCAUGAAGUAAAUGAAACAUUUAAGUCUGAAGGAGCCUUACUGGAACAGAGAGUCACUAAAUUGAAUGGUCGUGUAGAAGGUGCUGUUAUUCCAACAGUGAAGAAGGCUGAUCUCAAGGCCAAACUUUCUCUACUUCAGAAUCACAUCAUUAAAGCCAAAAAGAAGAUUGCUGAAGAAAAUACCCAGAAUGCUGUUAAAGUUGCAUUAGAGGAGGCAGAAGUUUCUUCGUCUGAUGGAAAGGCCUACUGCCUAACUCAUGUCAAUGUUGGUGGAGAUACUGCUGCAAUCCGUGAAGCAGUUCUUAAAGUGACAGAACAGAAGGGCAUGGCUAUUAUGGUCAUCAGUAAAGAUGAUGCUGCAAACAAGGUUGUGGUGUGCGCUGGGGUUCCAGAGAAAAAUGAUCAGUACAAGCAGCUGAAUGCUAAGGAGUGGCUAAGGGUUGCUUUGGAGCCUUUGAGUGGAAAAGGAGGAGGAAAGGGUUGUCUUGCUCAAGGGCAGGGAUCUGGCAUAUCGCACGUGUCGGAAGCUAUGGACAUUGCAGCUUCUUUUGCUACAUUGAAGCUUAAUCAAUAGAAAGAUUGUGGAGACCUUUUGUUAGUUGAGUCCAUAUUCUACAAAUGGAGCAUUUGUUGAGUCUGUAAGCCACAAAAAAGAAUCUGUCAUACAAAAGUUAAUCUGCCUAGUUGUGAUGGAAGUCAAAGAAGAGGUGCCUAGUUGUGUAGUAUUGCAACUGGCAUUGGUGCUAAAGACGUUUAGAAGUCUUCAUCUACGCACCUCAGCUUUUCGUGAACCUCACCAAGAUGCGGGCAGUGCCAGCGGAUUUCGCACUGUAUUAUUUUACUUGGAACUCAAAGAAAGAUGGCGAUAUUGGCGUCCAUGAUAUUUCUCUACUCAGGUGCAAUGUAAUUAUAAAGGCAGCAAAAAUCUUAGGUCUAAUAGACAUUUGUGUUGGCCCAUUUCUUUGGGGAGUUUAGUGCUCGGCUGAGUAACAUUAAACUCUAAUAUGUGAUUUAGUAGGAAAUCUAGCUUAUUAUUUCUAUGGAAACUCCUCUGCCGUUUACCCUCC